AUGUUUGUCAACAAAAAAUUGUUCAGCUUUUACAAAAACAACACCUUUGCCUUUUGCCUGGGAAGCACAUGGUUCCUCCUCAUAAACAGCGGCCUGCUGUUCACCGCAAAGUACUUUAACAGUUUCGAAAAUCGUCAUUCCUACAUCGAAGACGCAGUCAGAGUCCUAAGAGUGUACCUUAAUUACGCAGAUAGUGCUAGCGUGAAAAUUUUAAAAAAAAAGGGGAACAUAGAUUCAUCCAACGAAAGGGCAAAAUGUGAACUCCUGUUGUCCCACAAGGGGGAGCAUAUCUACUUACAUGUAAACGCUGUAAAUAAAGACACCGGAAAAAAGGGAUACAACAACUCAGACGAAGUGGACAAUGAAGAAGGUAAAGAUAUUUCAGACUAUAUAGAAAAUCCAUACUUAAUAAAAAAAGAAAUAAAACUCCUUCUACAGAGGAUACGAUCAUUCGUUUCAUCCUUUGUCUCAAGUAAGGGUCAUGAAAAUGGAGGGCAAUCUGACCAAUACAGUCAAGAAAGUGAAAUAGGACCAGACAACACAAUGCAGCGUGAUAAGAAAGUACCAAACAAAAAUGAGGAUAUCUUAAAUAUAAUUCAAAAGGGAAAUAAAUGGAAAAUCAACAAUAUAAUGAUGGUUAAAAAAAAAAAAUUAACAAAUGAGGUGGACAAAAAUGUGGAAAAUAAAUCCCUACGAAAUCGUAAGCAAAAAAAUUUGGGAAAAUUCCUCUUCUGCGCAUUCCUCCUUUCUACCCUUCUUGCCAUUAAAAGAGUUUACAUUUACACAAAUUCCUAUUUUGGGAUAAAUUUCGUCAAACAGUUUGUACUAGGAAAUGAGGAGGUAUUCAAAAUUAUGGGGAAUAGUCCAAUUCAAAUUUUGAGCAUAUCUGGAGUGCAUGAAAAAAAUUACCUGAACAGCAAGGUGUUUAUUCAGGCCAUGGACAAACAGGGCGUAGUUCAAAUGACGGCCACUAAGGGUAAAACGGAUAAGGGGUUUUUCAUUCUGCACGCGAAGCUUCUGUUGGGCAGUCAGACGAUCGAGUUGCGCAAGGGGGACUCUCGUGCUGGAAGUGUCCAUUAG